AUGACAGGAAUUUCAACCAAUUCAAUACAUGCAAGCGAUGAAGUACAUCCUGUGCGUGAUGUUAUGCCUCCAAUAAAUAUUUCGACCACUUACAAAUAUGCCGAAAAUCCAGACGACUUGGUGAAAUGGUCAGAUUUGCCCGAAGAUAGUUCAAUUAUAGGCAAUAUUUUUUACUCAAGAAUUUCGCAUCCCAACUCAGAGAGGGUAGAGAGGGCAUUGGAAGAUAUUGUUGGUGGACAUACGGUGGCGUAUUCGUCAGGUUUAGGUGCUUUUUUCGCUGCAUUGACCUAUUUUAACCCAAGCACAGUGUGCAUUGGAAAGGGAUAUCAUGGAUGUCACAGCAUAACAGAUAUAUUUACCCGUCUUAAGGGAUUGAAGGUAAUUGGGUUAGAUGAUGACUUAGAUCAAUUGAAUGCGGGAGACCUCAUUUGUUUAGAAACCCCUGUCAACCCUGAUGGAACUGUUUUUGAUAUCGAAUACUUUGCUGAGAAGGCUCACAAAAAAGGGGCCUUCUUGUUAAUAGAUUCAACAUUUGCACCCCCUCCAUUGCAAGAUCCAUUUAAAUGGGGCGCUGAUAUGGUUUUACAUUCAGCAACAAAGUAUUUUGGUG